AUGCUUCUCCUCCCAACGUCCAGCAACGCAGCCCUCAUCCUCGGCGCUGCCGCCUUUGCCACAGCGUCUCCCGUGGAUGUAACAAGCUCGAGCUGUGACACAAGCCGAUUCCUCACCGUCUCCACGACAAAUGGCCCCAUCACAGGCCAUCCGGCGUCCAACUCGGCCUGCGUGCUGGAAUACUUGGGCAUUCCGUUUGCGCAGCCGCCCGUCGGAGACCUGCGAUUUGCGCCGCCUGCAAAGAUCCAGUCACAGAAACCCUACGUGGCUGCCAACUUCGGCGCCGAUUGCCCCUUGACGCCGUCGAAGCCCGUCGACUACCCCGGGUUCACGCCCCAAGCGCAGCAGAUCAUCAACUAUUUCGCUUCUGCGGCGGGAACUCCCCAGAGCGAAGACUGUCUCACUCUCAACGUCUGGGCCAAGACGACGCAGAUCUCAUUAACAUCGAAGAAGCCCGUCUCGGUCUUUUUCUACGGCGGCAGAUUCACCAUUGGAAACACAGACAGCCCAUUCUAUUCGGGCAAAUACUUUGCCGACGCAGAGGACAUCGUCGUCGUCACGGUCAACUACCGGCUCAACAUCUUUGGCUUCCCGGGUGCCCCUGGCGAGACACAGAAUCUCGGGCUUCGGGAUCAGCGAGCAGCCGUCGAAUGGGUUCGCGACAACAUCAGGCAGUUCGGCGGCGAUCCCAGCAAAAUCACAAUCUCUGGCCAGUCUGCCGGAGGAGUCGCCGUCGACUAUUGGACCUAUGCGUAUCAGGAGGAUCCCAUCGUCAACGGCGUCAUUGCGCACUCGGGCAACGUCUUUAGCUUCCCUGUGAAUGCCGCCGGCGUUCCUGAGAAGAACUGGAAUACGGUAGUGGCUGCUGUCAACUGCUCCUCUGCUGGCGAUGUCAUGGCUUGCAUGCGCCAGGCUGACUGGCAGGCCAUCAAAGUCGCUGCAGCAGGCAUCAAGCCCACGCCGAGCAGCAGCGUUUUGCGAUCGAUUCCGGCCUUCUACCCGAUGCCAGACGAGGAGGUCGUCUUCUCCGACUAUCUCACACUGACAAGCUCAGGCAGCUUUGCAAAGGUGCCCCUCCUGCUCGGAAACAACAACAACGAAGACGGCUACUAUCGCAUCCCGGCGUUCGCAUCCGGUAUUGUGCCCACCGCCGACCAGGUCACGUCUUUCUUGCUCGAGUCCUUCACCUGCCCCGUGGCCCACCAAGCCGGUGCCCGUCGCGAUCACGGAGUUCCGGCCUGGGCGUACCGCUACAUGGCCGACUGGGACAACACUCGCCUUUAUCCGACCAGCGGCGCCUACCACGGCGUCGAUCUGCACAUGAUCUUUGGGGCGUCCGCGGACGUCAGCGGAUUGCCCACGACUGCGGACCAGAGGAGUCUGACGAAGCUGAUGCAGCACGCCUGGUUUUCGUUCAGCAACGACCCGUCUUCGGGACUCAGCGGCAUUGGAUGGCCUCAGUUUGAUCCGGAAGCUGCCUCGUUGAUUGUUCUAGGGCAGAAUAACGAGCCCACAGCCCAGUUUGUGUCUCCGUCGCAGUUCGAUCUUGCUUGCCCGAAUGUUACGUUGGCGGGAGUGGGAGCGGCUGUGUCCGCGGUCGCUGAAGCGAUAUCGCUGCCACAGUAG